UCCCCCGUUGAUAGAAACACAGAGCGCGUCUGUAUAGAGCAGAAGUUCAGGACGCGCAGCUCCUGCUCCAUUCUCAACAACUGGAAUCUGAAGGUUUUCACUUUUUAUUUCACGUUUAUUUCAGGCGGAUCCGUAUCGGACUUCUGCUAUGUGGUGGAUGUGAAAGAAGGCGUGAUUAAUGAGCGAUUGAAACAUUUCUCAACCUGCAGCUGUAGAUUCCGGUGCGGCGAGCGCGUUUCUCUCCACGGAUCGUACGCGCGGAUCGUGCGCCUUUACGCAUCGGCUGGAUUUUUGCGCACGGGAGUGUUGCGAUGUCGCGGACACCUGUCGUGAUUUUCACUUCUCUGUGUCUUCUCUUCUUUACGCUGUCAUGUGCCGGAGAUGUGAAAUCGCGUAGCUGCGGCGACGUGCGCGAGGCGUACGCGGUCAAGGGGUUCAGUCUACAUGAUGUGCCACAUCAGGAGAUACCAGGUGAACAUCUGCGAGUUUGUUCUCAGGGGUACACAUGCUGCACCUCAGCGAUGGAGGAGAGACUCGGCCAGCAGAGCAAACAGGAGUUUGACAGAUUAGUAGAAGAGAGCAGCCACACCAUACGGACCACGUUUACCUCCAAACACAAGAAGUUUGACGAAUUCUUCCUGGAGUUGCUGGACAACUCGGAGAAGUCGCUCAACGACAUGUUCGUGCGCACAUAUGGCAAACUCUACACGCGCAACUCAGAGAUGUUCGAGGACCUGUUCUCCGAGCUCAAGCGCUAUUACACGGGCGGGAACGUCAAUCUGGAGGAGAUGCUGAAUGAUUUCUGGUCCAGACUUCUGGAGCGAAUGUUCCAGCUGCUCAACUCACAGUACACCUUCACCGAUGACUAUCUGGAAUGCAUCAGCAAAUACACCGACCAGUUAAAACCCUUCGGAGACGUGCCGCGUAAGCUCAAGGCUCAGGUCACCAAGGCCUUCAUAGCGGCGCGGUCGUUCGUUCAAGGACUCAUGGUGGGUCGGGAAGUGGCCAACAGGGUGGCCAGGGUCAAUAUAUCACCGGCGUGCAGCAAAGCGCUGACCAAAAUGCUGCACUGCCCGUACUGUGGAGGGAUGCCAGAACUCAAACCCUGCGCCAACUACUGCCAGAACGUCAUGAGAGGAUGUCUGGCAAACCAGGCCGACCUCGAUCCCGAGUGGAACCUCUUCAUUGAUGCCAUGCUGCUGGUUGCCGACAGGCUGGAGGGACCCUUCAACAUCGAAGCCGUCAUGGAACCGAUCGAUGUGAAGAUCUCAGAAGCCAUCAUGACCAUGCAAGACAACAGUAUGCAGGUCUCAGAGAAGGUUUUUCAGGGAUGUGGUAGACCAGUAGGAGUGGGCCGAUCAGCCCGCGGGAUCUCGGAUGUGUUCAACAGUCGUUUCAGACCGUACAGUCCAGAAGAGCGGCCCACCACGGCAGCAGGCACGAGCAUGGACAGACUGAGGAUUGUUUGGAGGACGAUGCAACACAGUGUGAUGGACAUAAAAGAGAAGCUGAAGCAGUCGAAGAAGUUCUGGUCGUCUCUUCCAGACGUCAUCUGUGAGGAGGAUAAAGUGACCGACCCGGAUGAGGAGCAGUGCUGGAACAGUCACACUAAAGGAAGAUAUUUUCCUGAAGUUGUGAAAGAUGGUCUUACGAAUCAACUGAAUAACCCAGAGGUGGAGGUGGACAUCACUAGACCAGACACCUUCGUCCGACAGCAGAUCAUGACCCUCAGAGUGAUGACCAACAAGUUACGGAACGCUUACAACGGCAAAGACGUCUACUUUCAAGAUUCAAGUGAUGAGGAGAGCGGUUCGGGCAGUGGGAGUGGCUUCACAACAGAACCCGAGGUGGUGCACACGGAGCCUCCGAUGGUGGAAGCCGACAUCAGCGAACCUCAGCCGGCGGCGGACGCGGCCCGCAGACAGACCCCGCAGGUGCAGAUAGUAAUCGCCGUAACUGCAUUCGUCUCACUCGUACUGCAAUGGAGAUAAUGGCAGGAGGAGGCAACAGCCACAUGGACUUUAAGACAGACGCAGCGGCGCUCUCGGCACGCUGUUAGCUUUUGCCUCACCAGACUGGACGUUUUCCACAAAAGCCCACGAGACGGAGAACAAGCUCGCUGGCUAGACGUGCGGAGAGAAGGAGAGUAAACAUUUGCAUCCUGCUUGUUCCAAAGAAUGCUCGGUGCAAUCACAGAUCAGCUUCUUUUUUGCCUCUCAUUUGAACUUCUUAAAGGUGAAGUGUGUAAUUUGUUCCCCCGGCAGUGACGACGACGAAAGAAAGCCAUUCGUAAGUCAACUUCCCUUCUCAAAGUGUAAACACUCUGCGAUUUUCAAACUUUGCUCUGUUUGUUUGAGCAGCCCACCAGCCCGACGGAUGUCACGAUAGAGCUCGAUAUUUUGGCGUAAAAAUUACACGCUUCACCUUUAAAAGAGAAACAAACUUUUCGGACGAUAAGUGGUUUGCCGCAGAAAUGCGUCCACGUUUGUGUAGGAAACGAAUGGGAGUGACGAGAAUAUAUUUUUGCUUUCCUUUUCUACCGCGUAAAAUGAGAGACGAACGACAUGCGCUCUGGUGUUUUUUAGGUUCUCCCCCAUUGAACUCGUACAAUAAAUGCAAAGUAAAAAAAAAAAAAAAAAAAUGAAACUCGUUUAUGUACCACUGUGAGAAUGCACGAGGAGGUCUUGAGUGUUUUUAACUGUGAUUUUCACACAAUUCUGGCGCUUUUUGUUUGUCGAUUCGAAGUCGUUUAAUGAGCUUCAUAUUUUAGGUUUAAGGAGUCUGGUAGAGUUUCCCCCAGGGCUGCGCCUGCGUCAUUCAAAUCAAAUGAUCCAUAUCUUAAUAUAUGAGAUUUUAGUUUAGCAUUUUCUUACAGAGAAAGAUUUAUUUAUAUUUCUAAUAUAAUUAUAUAUUUUGGCUUUAGCGACUUUUAUUCUAACAAACUGCUCUUGCUUAAGGAUAUUUUUUCCCCUUUUCGAUGCAAGCAUGAUGUUUUUUUCUGAAUCGAUUCAAACGCUGGUUUCAAAGGUGCAAGUCCGUCUUUUGAAGGGAAGUUUGGGAAAUCCUGGAAUUCUGGGAUCAUGAAUGUAAAUUCGGCUGGAUCAGUAUUGAAUCCGCUUGCAUCUGAAUGCAUCAUAUAAAGUCUUCAAAUCUAACAGACCCUUAUGUUUUCAUGCACAUUUAUAGUCUUCAUUAUAAUCCAUUUUGUAAUCAAAGCCCUCAUUUAUGACACAAUUUGUUUUUCAGUCUGUACGUGUUGAUAUGUAGACCUUCACAUAUACAAAUAUACUUUAUUACGAAUCAAUGGACCACAUGGAACAUUCAGAACAAACGUUUGCGAAAACUCUUCAUAAUCGUAGAUCCCUUAGUAAAAAAUGUUGUGGUGUUUUCUUUCGGAUGGUUUGGCAGUGCAGUAGAGUUCUGCAGGUGGUCGUGAGGUCCAGCGAGUCAGGGAGUUACUAUAUGAAUGUUCCAAUGGCACUUUCUUCUGUUCUGUCUGAAGUUAUGAAUGUUCCCAAGAGUUCAGAUGACAUUUGUACAGAUGACGAUAUCACUCACAUCUCCCGUUAUGAACGCUGGCAUGUUUAACAUUUGGUUUUAUGACAAACACGUCCAUUAUUGGGACCUGACUGUUUCAGUCUUUUCAUCGUUGAAAUGCAAAGAUCACGUUCUCUUCUCUUCUCAUGGUGAAGGUUGAAUGCAAAGAGCGUUUGGGAAGUAGAACAGAAGCGAUUUGGUUUCUGAAAGGUUCUGGAGGUGCUUCCUGUUUCGUACCCAAGUACCUUCAUCUGUUCUGAAAGACUAUCACAGGGGUCAUUGAGGAAGUCAGUGAGCCGAGAGCGGUUGCGUUUAUUAUUUACUUUCGUUAAACUGUUCUCAUUUAGGUCAAAUUUGAACUAAAAUUACUCUGGAGAAAUCGAAAGAGAGUCAACAAAUGUGAGGGGAAUUGUUGAAACAAAUGAAGAGUCUGGAGUUGUAAAUGAAUGUGGCUUGUCAACGUCAAAUAUUUGAGUCAAUAUGUUGAGAAAUGUUCAUAUGGAGAACUUCAAUAAUGUUGACUUUUGAUUGCAGACGAGACAAAUCUGAGACCAUGGUUCCACUAAGAACUAUUUAGACAAAUGCUUCAUGAUGCCAUAGAAGAACCUUUUGGUUCCAUAUAGAACCUUUAACAUCCAAAGAACCUUUCUGUUUCACACGAAAGAAGCUACUUCAGAUGAUAAAAAGGUAAGAACGAGAUGGUUCUUUAAAGAAACUUUGACUGAACGGUUCUUUGUGGAACCAAAAUGGUUCUUCUAUGUCUUCGGUCUGAAGAUCCUUUGAUGCAACUUCAUUUUCAAGAGUGUACUUUUGUAAAGACUCUUGCGAUGUUCUUCGUAGAACCAAAACCUUCUACUAUGGGAGAACCUUUUGAAGCACCUUUUCUUAAGAGUGUGUGAUGUUCCAAACCUCACCAGUUGAUGUCGGUCCAAAGAAAUGGGAGUUGACAUGAAACACAAGCAGACAAUGGAAAAGAAAUGCAACAACACGUUUACUUGAUUUCAAGCCAGAAACGUAAAGACACGACUGAAGAAUUGUUCCGUGCAAAAGGGCCACGUUUGUUUUAUUGACUUCUUUGGGUCAGGUGUUUUUUAAGAGCAUGUGUCUUGUGUCUGGUUUUGCCUAUAGCCUGCGUGUUUCUAGUUGCGGUCUGAACGUGCAGCUUUCACUUGUGUGCAGGAAUAAUCUCAUUUCAAAUGCCAUUGCUUGUUUUAUCGGUCUUGAGGAUAAAACGACUGCGGUAUGUCCAUCACUAUGAAGUGAAUCCUCUCGUUUUUCUUUCCACAUUGCACUUUGCCAUUGAGUUCCGCAGUCUAGAUUCUUUGAUUCUUCUGAGUGAGGAUUAAAGUUUACAUGCGAACAAGUACGAGCCAUGUCAAAAACACGUUUGGAGAUGAUUGUUUGUGUGGUUGGAAAGUGAUGGUUCCUACUGAAGCACGCUGCUUUGAGCUACUGUAGGUGAGGCUUCAAUGCGACAUGUAGGUGUCGUGCGAGUAGACAUGCCUUACUGUUUUUCCUUUGUUUUUUAAGAAGAACAAAAAAAGAAUUAAAUGGAUUGCAUAUUUGGAUUUUGUUACUCUCUCUUAUAUACAGAAAAGUA